AGAUAAAAAAUCCAUAAAUCCAUGAAUUGAGCUGGACUCGCCGAGGAUUUUCGGAAUUUUGGACAAUAAAUAUAUUUUUCAUCUCAAACUAGCAAAAUUCGGCGAAUUUUUGAAAAGUAGUGGCUACUUAUAAUAAUAAUGUCUGACGAUCCGGCGUUUUUAGCGCUCGGAACAGAGGUGAGCGCCAAGUUUAAAGGCGCUUACUGCGAGGCGAAAAUUCAGAAAGUCGAUCGGAGUCUUAAAGUGAAGGUUUCGCUCAAAGAAUCCCCAUUUGGACAGAUGAUUGUGCAGGACAAUGAUCUACCGAACGCAAAAUUCGAGAUAAAUGAGCUUACAGACGUCGUAUUUCAGCGAAAAUUCAUCCGAUGUCAAAUUCAAUCGAUCAAGGAUCAGAGCAAGUACCACGUCGUUUUCAACGAUGGCGACGAAAAAGAGCUCCGACGCACUCAGCUGGUCCUAAAAGGUGGAAAACACUUUGCAGCCGAUGGAAAUCUCGACUCAAUGCCGCUAACAAAUCCGGAAUCCUUCUCAACGCCCGUAAUACGUGGCGCCGCAAAACGUGGAGCUCAGAAAAUCCGAAAUGCUAUUUCCGAAGCGUCUGGAAGUCGUGGCGGCGCCGUUCUUCUUCACAACGACGACGAUGAGAACGACGAAGAAGAUCAGGAAGAUGGUGAAAAUGAAGAAGACGCCGACGACGAUGAUGAUGACACAGAAGAACAGCAACAACCACGAGAACGACGGCGAGCCGCCGCAAUUUCAGCAAUAGGAGUGCUAAAAAAAGCGAUAGAGGACACACAGAGCGAAGAAUCGUCGGCGGAUUCCAGUGAGGAACGAGAACGAGCGAGAAGCCGACGGAAACGGAAGGAUGAAGCUUCAUCAGCAGUUACAUCUGACGAAGAGGAUCAGGAGGAUCUGGCUACCACAGAUUCCGAAAAUCCAGUCAUCAAUGGAGCAUCAUCAGCAGCAGCUCUCUCGAAAACUCUGCAGCGAAAACUCGAAAAACAGGCAAUGAAGCGAGAAAAACAACGGCUGAAAGAGGAGGAACGAGAAGAGAAGCUUCGGUUGAAAGAGGAGAAUCGGGAGAAAAAGCGGCGGGAAAAAGCAAGAAUUAUGGAGCUGAAGCGGCUAGAAAAGGUGUAUCGGACCUCGAAUGCCAGGAUUCAGGAGAAUCACGAAAAGUCGAUGACACAGAUCAUUUCGCAUAGAUCUGUACGCUAUUUUGCGAGAUUCUCGGAUCUCAAGCAUCGUCGGAAAAAGAAGAAGCUCUAUCUACACGAGCAUCGGCAAAAAGUGAAUUCUCGAAUUCGCAACGUGAAGCUCUACUUUGCUUGGCGCUUCGUUGCUCACAAGGCUCGAUUGUCGUACUUUGCACGGUACGCACUUCAGUGGUGGAGGACGAGCGAGGAUCAGGCGUACAGCUUAAUCCGAACGGAGAAGCUUUUGAGAAGUCAACGGCGACGAGAUUGGGUUGGAAGCUGGCUCGAGGGCCUGGAAAGGGAGAAGAUUCGAUUUGUUGUGAUACAUGAGAGCUACACACAGGCGCGUCGAAUUUUGAAAUAUAUCGAACGGGGAACGGAGAAGAGAACCUUUGCCGAACGUUGCGACAUCGAGUACGAGGAUAUCGAAUCGAGCACUGUUUCCUCACAUUUUCGAGAUCAAGAAUGGUUUCCGGCUGUGCUUUUUCCGCAAGUUUUCAGCGAUGAAAACGGAUCAGAAGGCCGACAACGAAUCGUUCGUCACAUGGGAAAUGGACAACUCGUACAAGUUUGGGAAGAUGAUCUCGUUCCGUUUGAUUGGCUACCUGAAUACUCGUUUGCCGAUGUAACGGCAAUGACAGAGAAGAAGCCUGUCGAGAUGAGGAGGAAAUUCAAAUUGGCGUGGAGAUUCGCCACUGAUUACGCACAGAAUCGACUGGAUGCUCGUUCAAUUCGUUCGAUUCUCGAGUGGAAAUUCAUCCGACCAUCGUCCCGCCGGCUGAAAAUCACUCCAAUACCUGUGCAGGCUCCGUCACCAAACCGAUGUGGUGAAGAUCACGACGAUCUGGUUUCGACGCCGAACGAGUCGGACUACGAUUCGGACGCAACCAUCAAGAAUGUAGAUGCCGAGACGAAAGAUUUGUUCGUUGCGAUGCUUGUACAAUUUCAUGACGCUCAUAACAGUGUAAUCGACACAAAUCCGACGAUCCAGGGCCACGAAGUUGAUCUCUAUUAUCUCUACGAGCUCGCCAAAAAGACGGGCGGCCCGAAAAAAGUCUACGCGGCUAAUUUGUGGUCCGACUACGCGAAGAAGCUGGUGCCAGCCGCCACCGACGCCGAAGAGGAGCUCAAGACGAUAUUCAAGAAUUUUCUCGAAUCCUAUCUUGCGAUCAACACGAAGCUCAGCUGGCCAAUGGAAUCACUUCAGCCGAGGACUGAGCGAAAAGUUGUGCUACCUGGGCAAUACUCGGAGAGUCGGAAAAAGCGAACUCAGGCGAUUAUGAGUCAAGUGCAAACUCCACCGACUGCACCAGGAUCCUCGAAGAAGGGCCGCGUUGGUAGUGGUGGAACCCGUGGUCGAAAACGGAAGGUUUCCUCGGAAAGUGUUCAGCUAAAGAAGAGAAAUCGAAAAUCGAGCUCCCGAGCCACCACAGCUUCCCCGGGACCUUCAGAAGAUCGAUUCUCAUUCCAAAGACCGCAGGAUUCGGACGAUGUCACUGAUGUACCGGAUGAUAUGACGGAUCACGAGGAUCUGCUGCCAGAAGCGGCUACUCGAAAGAAAUAUGAGCGAAAAUCUCAAACGCCGGGAAGAAGAAGCUUGAGUAGUCGGCGAGACGACACAACGCCUGUUUCAUCAAUGGCGGCAGCUCCUCCGAAGAAGGGAAGACCCAGGAAGAAUACGACGGUUACCACGCCGGUGUUGUCUGUGCCGAAAUCCGAGGGAAGAGGUCCGCGGAAAGAGGAUACUACGACGAAAUUCGUUAGAGCAAAUGUUCUCUCCCACAUCCUCAGCGGCCAAAAGCUACGCGCCUUCUACGGCGACGAAUGGUUCCGCGCAAAUGCGAUCGAGGACGCGACCGACUGUACCGACGAGAUUAUGGACAUCAUGCUGGCCCAUCAGGACUUUUUCACGCCCGACACCCCACGACUCUCGCCCUCGGCGAUUCAAGAUCUCGACAAAGUGCUCAAAAAGAUCCGCGCCAAAACUCAUUACACUGGCUGGAAUCAGCGAUACGAUGAGUUUAUGAAGCUCGAGAAGCUGAUGGUUACCGUCGAGGAUCAGAUGAUCGCUAGAGGACGUUUUCGGCACCUGCCACGUGGUCGGGAGCUCAAAGCGGAGACGCUGGCGUUGGUGGAAAAGCACUUCCGAGCUGAUGAUGAGGAUGACGGGGUGCCGAAAACCUUGGCAUUCUACCUGAAAAUUGCACAGGAAGCGUUGUCGCUGUCGGAGAAGCGGGCGGUGGCCGACGACGACGAAUCAUCGGAUUCCGAUACGGAUUUCGAGCAGAAGCCGGAUACAUCAGCAGCAGCAGCUGUGAAUGGUGGGAAGAGUGAAUCAGAAGAGGAAGAAGAGGAGAAGACGGUUGUGAUGGGAGGUGAUGAAGAAGCUGAAGAAGAGGUGAAAUCUGAGGAUGUACUGGUUGAAUCUGUAGAUCAAGAGUCUCCGCCGACAACAUCACAGGGAACGACGACACCGGAAACUGCGGCGACGGGCGGCCUGGAAUCCGAAUCGGAUGAGCCUGAAUAUCCGCCGGUUCCUGAAGAACUUGUACCGCCGCCGCCGGUCCUUUUGGAGAAUUUUCCGUCGACGGAUCGGUUUAGUAGUGGGGGAAGCUCGAAUUAUCCAACUCUAAGCCGUCAGGGAAGCAUCAAUUCCAUGGCGAGUCCAAUGUUCUCUCCAAACAGUGAUCUUUCUCUAUCCGGACCUCUAACACUUCCACGUUCUGGCCCUCUAACCAUGGCAAACAUCCGGCAAUCUCCGACACCAGAUGAAGUCGUCGGAAGUUUAAGAAAACGUCUCAGUCAAACAUCUGAAUCGUCGGAAUCGUCUGAGCUACCACCACCACCAUCAGCCGCAUCGAAGAGCAAGCGAAUUCGACGGGCGAGUGAACGAUCGAUUGAUUCGGCAUCGGAGCAUCAUCGGAUGAUGAGAAGCCCACGGAUUCUGACGACGCAGCACUCGUCGGGAGCACUUAUAUUUGAUAUUAGUACUACACAACCUACUGACACGUCAGGACCAAUUGAAGCACUUUCUGUGCGGAAACCUGGACGACGGAAGACCGUCUUUGCAGCGUCUCCAACUCUUCUCACCUCAGGACCACUAACCUUGUCAUCGUCAGCACCACCCCCACCUCCAGCCUCUCCAGCUCCUCCUCAACACGCUCAAAAAACACUUGGAAGACCCCGAAAAACCCCUUCAACUUCUUCACGGAAGCCUGAAGAAGAGGAUGAAGCGGAACAAAUUCCGACGACGGUGGUUGGUGUCACCGAAGAAGCUUCAGUUGCUGAUAGUUCGGCGAAAGAAGAUCUAACAUCGGAGGAUGGAAGUGCAACUCCACAGGAUGAGAAGGAUGAUUCGGAAUCGACGACGACAACGGAUACCAUUACACCGAAAUCGAUUCGAGGUGGAAAACGGCGGAGAGGUGGUGGAAGGUUCGGAGGAUCCUAUCCAGUGAAGCCAGCGAAGCCUGGGCGAAAACCUAAAGAUCCUCAUGCAGAAGAAGGUGCUGAUGAGAAGGAUCCUGAAGAUCAGACGCCGACAACGAUGACGACGUCGACACCAACUCGAGCCGAUAGUUUUCAGACUCAGAAGAAUCGAAUGGCGAAGCUUAUGGAGGGAAAACCCCAUGAUUAUAGUUUUCUGGAUCUUCCGGAUUUUGAUAAAAUAAUCGAGGAGGCUCCAAAAGAGGAUAUUAAUAUUCUGAUGGAAGAGCGGACUUACGAGUUGCGAGAGAUCUUUGCACAGUGUAAAGCUGAUCUUUCGGCUCUUGAGAAGCGGUAUAGGCAGCAGAAUGAGGCGAAGCGAAAAGCUGAAUUCGCCGCAAAAACUGCCUCCUCCGCAGCAGCAGCUCAAGCUUCUUCAUCGACUUGCUCAACUCCAAGACCGUGACCAAAACCAGUGGAAUUUCUUAAUGAUUCUCUCUACUUAUUCAACAAAACAAAAAAUCUCAAUUAAAAUUGCAUUUCCAAUCAACAUAUGCCUUCCACACCCACGCAUUUUCUCGAUACUCUUCACCAGUCCCGCGGAUAGAAAUUUCUGUUCAUUUUUUGUUUGUCUAGGAUCUCUCUGUUAUUACUGUGAAUCAACUAUGUGUGUGCUUUUUUUCUCCGUUUUAAUUAUGGGUGUCGUAGAAAAUUUUUCGAUUUUUGGGAAAAUCAGAUUUCAGAUUUUUUGAGCUUUUCUCACGAAAAAUCGAAAUUUUUGAGCAUUUUUUCGAAAUUUUCAAAAAACGGAAUUUUUCAUGAAAAAUCUAAAUUCUUGAGUUAUAGUUUUUGAACAUUUGUUAUCAAAAAUUUGUUUUUUUUUUUUGGAAAACAUCUAAAUUUUUAAGUGUUUUCUCGAAAAAUCGGAAAACCAAAAAUUUUGAUUUUCAAAAAAAAAUCUAACAAAUCAAGAGCUAUUUUUCGAAAAAUCGAAACAAAAGCGACACCCUUAGUUCUAAUAUAUUCAAUUUUUAUUCUGAUUCGAUAUAUCUCCUUUAAUUCCGUAUUAUAAUUCCACAAACCUUCAGUUGUUCCCACCAAACUCUCAACUUAUCUCAGUUCAUUUCACUAUAGCCGAUUCUCGUAAACUUAAUUUUUUUUUCGAAUUUCCCCCAAUUGCCUAUGUUUUAUUUAAUGAGAAAUUGAUAUAAUAAUGAUGGUCUCAAAUUUUGAAAAAAAUAUAUUUAUAGAUUAACCGUAAUUUUUAUGUUCAUGGCCUUUUUUGUGUUAUGAUUCGGGGAGUUUAUCUAAUGAAAUUGUUUGAAUUUUGAA